GAGGGGGCGGCGGCGGAGGCGCUGGCGGCGGCGGCGGCGGCGGCGGCUGCCGCGUCGUUCCAUGGAGCUGGAGAACCUCAUCGCCAACGCGCUGCUGCUGAAAGCGCGCCUCGGAGGGUAUGGCAAAAAAAGUGGUCGAAGUAAAAAAUGGAGGGAGAUGCUGAAGCUGCCCCCCGUGAGCCAGUGCUGCGAGCUCAGGCAGUCCAUCGAAAAGGAUUACAGCAGUCUUUGUGACAAGCAGCCCAUAGGGAGACUUCUCUUCCGGCAAUUCUGUGGCACAAGAGAGGAUCUGAAGAGGUGCAUUGAAUUCCUGGAUGCGGUGGCAGAAUACGAGGUCGCCGCCGCUGAGGACCGGAGAGAGUGCGGACUGUUGGUCCUAGACACAUUCUGCACUAACGAGAGCUCGGCAGACCCUUUACCGCAGAUUCCUCCACACGUGGUGAGAGGGUGCAGGCUGCGCCUGGACAAGACCGCCUCCAGGGAGGCCUUUGAGGAGUGCACCGGAGCUGUCCAUAGCUAUUUAAGUGGAAAACCGUUUGAAGAAUACCAGGAAAGCCCAUAUUUUUCUCGAUUUUUACAGUGGAAAUGGCUGGAAAGGCAACCAGUAACAAAGAAAACAUUUAGACAUUACAGAGUUCUAGGAAAAGGUGGAUUUGGAGAGGUUUGUGCCUGUCAAGUGAGAGCCACAGGGAAAAUGUACGCCUGUAAAAAGCUAGAAAAGAAAAGAAUAAAGAGGAGGAAAGGCGAAGCCAUGACGCUAAAUGAGAAAAGAAUCCUCGAGAAAGUGCACAGUCGAUUUGUGGUCAGCCUCUGCUACACGUACGAGACCAAAGACUCCCUGUGCCUGGUGCUCACCAUCAUGAAUGGAGGGGACCUAAAGUUCCACAUCUACAACCUGGGCGGCCCCGGCUUCGAGGAGCAGAGGGCGGUCUUCUAUGCCGCCGAGGUGUGCUGCGGCCUGGAGGACCUGCAGAGGGAGAGGAUCGUGUACAGAGACUUAAAGCCUGAGAACAUCCUCCUCGAUGAUCACGGACACAUCCGGAUUUCCGACCUUGGUUUAGCCUUGGAGAUCCCAGAAGGGGAGACGGUCCGAGGGAGAGUUGGAACGAUCGGCUACAUGGCUCCGGAAGUUAUCGAUAAUGAAAACUAUACAUUCAGUCCCGACUGGUGGGGAUUUGGCUGUCUGAUCUAUGAAAUGAUUCAGGGACAUUCUCCAUUCAAGAAACACAAGGAGCGCGUGCGGCGGGAGGAGGUGGAGCGGCGUGUGAGGAGGGACACCGAGGAGUACUCGGAGAAGUUCUCGGAGGACGCCAAGUCCAUCUGCAGGAUGUUACUCACCAAGAAUCCCAAGCAGCGCCUGGGCUGCAAGGGUGACGGAGCAGCUGGAGUGAAAGAGCACCCUGUGUUCAAGGACAUUGACUUCAAGAGGCUGGAGGCACACAUGGUAGAGCCCCCGUUCCGCCCGGAUCCGCAUGCGGUUUAUUGUAAGGACAUCAAGGACAUCGAGCAGUUCUCUACGGUGAAAGGCGUCUACCUGGACACCUCCGACAAGACCUUCUACAGCCAGUUUGUUACUGGGUGUGUCUCCAUCCCCUGGCAGAACGAGAUGAUCGAAUCUGAAUGUUUUAAGGACAUCAACGAAAGUGAAAAUGAAAUUGAGUCAUCAGAUCAAGACAGAACCUGUCAACCAGAUGCCAAGCGAAAGAAGGGCUUCUUUUCUAGAUUCCUCAGGAGGAGAAUAACGGGCUGCAUUCAUUAACCCUGGAGCCAGCGAGGAGGAGGAGCUACCUGCAGGACUGCGACGCUCACUGCGCAGAGCCUGGCCCCAAAGCCCAGGAGCUUGUGGCUCAGUAUCCAUCCUUUCUGUGAAUUGCAAUAAACAGG